AGCCUCUUCAGAGACGUCGAGAUGUACGCUUCCCUUCCGCCGAUUAUGUGCCACUCUGGAAUCUGUCAACCACCUCAAGCCCGCUCGAGCACUGCAUCGAGACUCUCUCAAUCUGUCCCACUUCCCCCUCCAGUCCUCCAACCUUUCGCCCAUAUUCCCUUCGGAUUCCCAUCAAUCUGCUCGACUCUACCUCUCCCACCACCCAUGCACGCCUCGACACCCUUGGCUCCUCGGCUUUCAGCAGCUUGACUCCAAGCGUCUCUGACACCUCCAGGGUGCUCCCGUUGGCCCAUCCUUUCAUCCACGAUGCCGACUCGGCCGACGACACCAACACGUCGGCAUGGCAGCCAUCUUCCUCCUCGUCCAACUCAUCCCGUUCCUCCCACAGCUCCUCUUCGUCCUCUUCCUCCCGUCCACCUACUCCAUCCCUUUCUGCACGCCCAAACCUCGCCACCUCGACCGCACAGCAGGAUUCGUCCGGCAACCACGGCAGUGGAUCCAGUACGCCCACGCAAAACAAUUCUCUCUCUCCCUAUCAGAUCGAGAGUGCACUUCUUGGCCCCUCCUCGCUCCUAACCACAGCCGCACGAGGUAACUACCAACAGCGUCGCGGUGCCGCCGCACCGGCGUGUCCCCAAUCAUCCGAAACCGACCACCCGGCUCCCCUCUGGACCGGCUCGGUCGCUUCACCAAAGCAUCGCACGCUCCACUACUCGUUUGAGCACGGCGCCUAUGGAAUCCCCAAACGCCAUCCCUGGGCAGCUGUUCGCGGCAAUGGCAAGCGCGUCCAAUCACCCCCUAAGCCAGCUGCCCGCUCAGGCGCCGUAGGCAUGCUAGCUGCGGCUGCUGACUUUCUUACCGGCUCUGCAUCCGCUUCGGCUCCAGCAACGCCCAAACAGAAGCUAGGUGGCGAAACGCUCGUCGCACAGGAUGGUCGUCGCCUUGGCCUCAAUUCGCCCAUUCGUGAGCACGGUCGCAUCGUACAGGAUCGAUUGCAAUCCGUCCAGGUUGGCGAAGACGCUUACUUCCUGCGUCCCGACUCCAUCGGUGUAGCAGAUGGUGUCGGAGGCUGGGCCUCGCGCGCCGGAGCUGAUCCAGCCCUCUUCUCCCGCCUUCUCAUGCACUUCUGCGCUGCAGAACUUAGCAAAUUCGACGAUCUUAGCGCAGAUGAAUUGGCCGCUCACGGUGGUAAGAAGCUGCGCGAGUGGGACCAACUCGACCCUGUCGAAGUCAUGCACGUGGCCUGGGAGCGAUGCGUCCGCGCAUCACGGCGUGAAGGCAUCCUCGGUUCAUCAACCGCGCUACUUGCCGUUCUUCGAGGAGACGAGCUUCGCAUCGCCAACCUGGGCGACUGCGUUCUGCUCAUCAUCCGCGCAGGCGAGCUUCUCUUCCGUUCCACCGAGCAACAACAUUCCUUCAACUUUCCCGUUCAGCUAGGCAUGAUGGGUCACACCGCAGAGAGCGUCACCAUCGCAGCCAAUCGCACCCUUGCCCGCGAUGGCUUCCUACAGUCUGGCGCUUCCGACGAUUUGGACGAUAACGCUCCUAACCCGCUCGGCACCUCCACAGCCGAAUCCAUGGAUGAAGCACGUAAGAGCCUAUCACAAGCAUCUGCGGCCACCGAUGGCGAAGACGCCGAAGAGGCUGACUGGGAUGAGCCGCGUCGUGACGCUGGUCGAUGGACUGUCAAGGUGCAAACAGGUGACAUCAUCAUUGUAGGCAGCGACGGUUUAGUGGACAAUCUCUUUGACGAAGACAUUGUAGAGGAGGUGCUCAAGUUUGCUCCGCCGCCUACCUCGUCCCAAUCCAUUCCCGAACAUGACCUAGCCUCGCUCGAAAACGGCAAUCGCACCAUAGAGGGACAGCACGACUACCGCCUGCCAGACGACUUUUGCCCACAGCUGGUCUCUGAGGCGCUCUGUUCUCGUGCCAAGGCGGUUUCUGAAGAUUCGCGAGCCGUCAGCUCUCCCUUCCAACAGCGCGCCAUGGAGGAAGGUCUACAUUAUGUAGGUGGCAAGCACGAUGACAUCUCGGUCGUCGUUGCCGUUGUGGGUGAUCCCUCGGAACGCCUCAAUCGGGCUAGUUACCCCGUCGUAUCCGAUCAGGACAGCUCAGUUCCGGCGCAAGCAGGGGCAUCUAGGCGCUGA